AUGUCUGCCUCCAUAUCCACCAAACUGACCAAGCUCCUCAACAUCAGAUCUCCGAUAGUGUCGGCGCCCAUGGCCUACGCCGCCACACCUGCCAUGGUCGCAGCCGUGAUCAACGGGGGCGGAAUCGGUUUCCUUGGCGCAGGUUUGGAGCCCGCUGAAAAGGUUGCGGAAACCCUUGCAGAAGCCCGCGCGGCUGUGGGCGAGUCGAAGGCGCACCUCGUGGGCGUCGGUUUCGUCGGCUGGGUCCUCGACAAGUUCAACACCGCAGCAGACCCCCGGCUCCAAGCGGUACUCGAUCAGCAGCCGGGCGCUAUCUGGCUGGCUUACGGGCAGAAUCUUGGAAAAUAUAUCGCGCAGGUGCGCGCACACAACGCUGCACACGGUCGCAACACGCUCGUGUUUCUCACUGUCAACACAGUUGAUGAAGCCAUCCGCGCCAUGAACGAAUGGAGGGCUGACGUCAUUGUUGCGCAAGGUGCCGAAGCCGGCGGUCGGGGAAGUAUCCACUCUCCGCCUAUACGGGAAUUUUUGAAGGCGGCUGUCGAGGCAAUCCCCGACGGCCCUCCAAUCCUUGCUGCUGGAGGGAUAACCACCGGCGCGCAGAUAGCGUCGCUCCUUGCGAUGGGUGCUGCGGGCGUUGUCGUCGGCACACGCUUCCUAUUCACGCAUGAAUGCAUGUUCUCCGACGAGAUGAAGAAAGUUCUCCUCGAAGCCGGCCCGGAUUCCACCUCCAGAAGCUCCGCGUACGACGCUAUCUUCCCUCCUGGCAUUUGGCCUGAGGGUAUCCAGGCUCGGUGCAUUACCAAUGGCUUGGUGUCCGACUAUGAGAAGGGGGCAGGUGCCGAGGACAUCAAGGCCAAGAUCGCCAGUGGAGAUAGAGAUCAUAUGCUUGUGUAUGCAGGAACAGGGGUUGCGGACGUGAAAGAGAUACAAAGCACGGCGGUAUGUGCCUGA